UUAAUAGCAUUUAUGCAUUAUUUACUUCAUAAUCCGUGAUAAUGAAAAACAUCACAAUUUCUAAAGACAAAUAUUUCUACAAAAAUUGCAUUUUAAUUGUUUAAAAAAAAUAACUUUUUCUUAAAAAAAUUUUUGGAAGUAAAUUUUUCUUUAGAUCUAACAAAUUAAAAAAUCCUCCUAAAGAAAAAAUCGGAUUAAAAAUCAGGAUUAAAGGUUACAUUAAAGGCGCGAAAAAAACAUUGAUAAUUGUUGGGACAUUGCGCCGGCUAUCGGCGAAUUAGCAGUUAACCGAUUAUCCGUUGAUUCGUUCAUCGGCCACCAUCCGCCGGCAACUUGCGCCGCGCCCUUCUGACCGAACGAAUCGCCGUAGAGCCCGGGAGAGUCGUUGAGUCGUCGUAUAUAUCUACGUUUAUACGACGUACAUUAGACAUGAAUGGCAUCUGUUCUACCAAGUUGAAUGAGAGCAAUUUAACUUCUUUAGGUUGCUUAAUCGGUAGGAAGUCACAUCCAGUCAUAUUGCGAUAUAUACCGGUAAAAGACACCAAUACGCACAUGUUUGCAAGAACAUCUUGAGAAAAAAAAAGAAUAAGACAAGAAAAGAAAACUGUAACAAAAAAUUAAAAUAUUAAAAAUAUAUAUAUUUAUGUACGUGAGAUAUAAACAAAAGUAUUAUAUUAACUUUUCUUUUAUGCAACAUGACAGUUGCGUCGUUCUAGAUACGGAGAUGGCGCAAUUAAUUAAUCCGAAACGAAUUUACUAUUAUGCCGAUGUUUAAUUCUUUAAAAAGAUAAUUUAUUGGAUGCGGUCAAUAAAAUAUCCCUUGAGAUAAACGAAUAAUGUUAAUAAUUCAAGAAAAUGGCGAUCAAGUACUAUUUAUAUAAUUAAAGUACAUUCUAUUUUUGUUGGAAAAUAUUUUGCAAUGUAUCCUAUUAAUUGUUGCAUUGACAUUUAUUAGAAAUUAUUGUUGUCUCAUUAAAUAGCCGUUGAAUAACAGAUUCUGGUUUAAAACGUGAAAUUACAAUAAGAUAGUAGCUGUUUUACCAGUAAAAUUGACAAUUUUUCGAAAACAAGAGCAGAUUUCAUUAAUUGUUAACGUACAAAUUCGAAAUUUAUCUCUAAAUUUCAAAUUUUAAUGCAAUCCAUGAUUUUUUGUUGCAUAAAAAUGUGUUAUUGGUACAUAUUCAAACACUGUUUAUACGUGGAGAAAAGUCUGUUCUGAAAACUUAAAGAUAUGUUUCAGAAUAAAUUUUUUUUUUCAAUUUAUUAUAAUCGACGACGUGACAUCCGAAUAAAAACCUGAUAAUCGAAUAAAAGAACCGAAAAGAAGAGAUCGCGUAUCUUGAUAGUUCGGUAAAUAUUCUAUGAAGAAUCUUUUUGGAAAAUUUGCCCGUAAAACAUUGACAUUAACGAAUGGGCCGUUCAUACAUUCCGCGCAUAUACGUGAGCAAACGUACAUUUUUCAUAUAGUUCACACCUGCUAUGUGGUUACCUUUGUACUACGGAACUCCAGUUUCUGUUCGCCAAAUAAUUCGGUAUGACGGUUCCAUAAAAUUGAAGUAAUGGCGAACGUAACGAGACGUUUCCUACUUGGCGUAUCGUUAUCUUACCACCACACGAUCCGAUUUGGACCGUCACACCGUUGUGCUGUCGACGUCGCGUCGGUCGUCCGUGUGCUCGGUGCAUAUGCGUGACAUUUUGUGUCAGCGUUCAGCAUUUCAGCCGGAACGUUUCUAUUUGGCAAGUCAACGUAUAAAUUGUACACCGCCAGCUAUAGAAGAUUUUCCACACGAUUUGUUUGAUGAAGAGCAGAGACAAGGUGGUGCUGUUGUCGUACACGUUAUUGUGUCGCUUUAUUUAUUUAUCGCUUUAGCAGUAGUAUGCGAUAAAUUCUUCGUACCUGCUGUAGAAAAAAUAUGUCACGCACUCUCGAUGUCAAAAGACGUAGCUGGCGCGACGUUUAUGGCGGCGGCAACGUCGGCCCCAGAACUAUUCGUAAAUGCCAUCGGAACAUUCAUCACGGAAGGUGACAUUGGCGUUGGGACGAUAGUAGGUUCCGCAGUAUUCAACAUCCUAGCUGUUCCAGCCUGUUGCGGCAUUGGUGCAGGAAUGAUGGUGCCGUUAGAUUGGUGGCCUGUCAGUCGAGAUUGUCUCGCUUAUGGUGUCACAGUCGCAAUUUUGAUAUGUAUUAUACACGACGAACGGGUGGAAUGGUACGAAGCAUUAACAUUGGUACUUUUGUACAUUGUUUAUAUCGCCGUGAUGUACUGGGAUAAAUCGUUCCAGCGGUGUACAAGAUUUCGAAUGAACGAAAAUCAAAUAUCUUCAGAUAGUCCACGAGUCACAACAGAUUCUAGCGAUAUUCAUUUACCAAGAUCGGAUAAAUUACAAUCGUCUGGAGAUCGUGUGGAGCAGAUAGCCACUAUCGACGUGCCGUUACAAAAUGGUGGAACAAAGACACAGGAAGAAAAUCCAGAUCCUAAUUAUGAGUACGAACUCUUGGUAUGGCCAGCGCAUGCUGGAUGGUUAAGGAAAACUGCUUGGGUCACAACCUGGCCUAUUCAUCUGGUAUUCAUGUGUACGAUUCCCGAUUGCGAAAAACCACGAUUUAAGAAUUGGUUUCCCAUCACAUUCGUGAUGUGCAUUAUAUGGAUUGGAUCGCUCAGCUACGUAGUAGCGUGGAUGAUUACUAUAAUCGGAGAUACGCUAAAGAUACCAGAUUCCGUAAUGGGCAUUACUUUCCUCGCAGCAGGAACCAGCGUACCCGAAGCCGUAUCAAGCGUGAUUGUUGCGAAACAAGGGCAUGGCUCGAUGGGUAUCAGCAAUUCGAUAGGAUCGAAUACUUUCGACAUACUAUUGUGCCUCGGACUACCCUGGCUGAUCAAGUCGUCUUUCUCGCCUACGCAGCCCGGCAGGCAUUACAUAAGUAUAAAUUCCGGUGGGUUAGAGUACAGCGCGAUAUCGUUGCUGUCGACCCUUAUGUUGCUGUACAUCGCGUUCGCCUCCAAUAAGUUUCAGCUCGACACGAAAGUGGGUCGCGCCUGCCUGUGCAUGUAUGCCGUGUUUCUUAUACUGGCAUCGCUGAUCGAACUCAACGUAUUCUUCAUGGUAAAUCUUCCCACUUGCCAAAGGACGGUGAAAUGAUCGAGGAAACCCGAACGAUGUCCCGCCCGUAAUGAUGUACGGGUGCGGCUCGCUCACAAUCCGCACCGGAAACGUUUUUUUCCCCCUCCCCUCUCCUACGGACUUAUCAAGAGACCCGAACUUGAGCGAGAGGUGUUUAUUUCCAGCUACACGGGACAACUUACCGUGUGUACAGUUUUAAUAUCAACAAUGUUAUCGCCACGUUAGAAUCAUGACAUGUAAUGCAUUUUGAAUUUACUUACUCAAAGUCUUGUUAUCACCGUUUUCUCUCUCUCUCUCUCUCUCUCUCUGUCUUAUUUUCACUUAUCACAAUAUUCAAAAAUUCAUACUAGGAACUCAUCUUCGAAUAUUAUAGUUAACAUUUCUUCGCUCCACAUGACACUUAUGUUUAUAUAACAUGUUUCUCUCCCACCCCCCUCUUCUCACGCACGCGCGCACACGCACAUACGCACAUCCUUUUAUUUACAUCCUCCUUUUCUUCUUUAUUUUUUUCUGAUCCUUCCUAAUUUUUAUUUUUAUUAUCAAUUUUCUUUUCUUUUUCUUCCCUUUUCUUCGCUUAUUCUCUCUUAAGGUAUGAUCACUUACGGCCAUAUUGCGUGCGCCAAAAAUCAACAACUUACAAUUAGCCACAGUAAUGAGUUAUGGAUCUCAUAUUGAAAGUUCAUCCAGGGAUAUAAACGCGUGCAAAAUCAUCGCCUCUGAAUAAUUCGAUAACUGCAACGAGCUUUAAAGCUCGGGUGCGAUUGUAGAAGGGUAUUAUGUGACUGUGUCUAAUUGUAUAUGAAUGCGCGAGAAAGACUGCCUGUUCCGUUUAACAUUAUUCGCAGACUUCAGAAUCGGUCUGUGACCGCGAGAAUGUGUUUUUAUGUGUGUGAAACGUUAUUCGAUUUAGCCGCCGAUAGUGAAUUCAGCGCAAAGCAUCACAUCCGAUUCAACACAACAAUACGCGGCGAAUUCUCCGUACGGAAUUUAUUUACUGUUAAUACAAAUAUAGAACUGCACAGAAAUACCCGGAAA